CCAAACGUAGCGCAAGAUGGCGCCAUCACCAAGCGUCGAUCGGGCAAGGGACCCCAAGAACGACGUCCCGAAAGAGCAAAAACGGUUCGAGGAGACGCACACGACACUUGGAAGGGGCUCGAGGACAACAUGUGGCUCCGCGAAGACCUUUUAAAGUCCAUCUGGCACGCUUUCACGGCGCUGGACGUGGACCAGCGCGGCAAAGUGUCCAAGUCUCAGCUCAAGGUGCUGUCCCACAGCCUGUGCACCGCCAUGAAGGUCCCCCACGACCCGCCGGCCCUCGAGGAGCAUUUCAGAGAUGACGAUAAAGGGCCCCUCUCCAACCACGGCUACAUGCCCUACGUCAGCAGGUUCAUUCUCGACAAGGUGCGAGAGGAUUUUGACGUUUUGGAAUUCAACAAGAUAUGCUGGACGCUGUGUCACAAGAACAACGUCUGCACGGAUCGUCUCCUCAUCUCAAACUGCGACGCUUUUAAAAUCUGGUGCAUUUUCAACUUCCUGUCCGAAGACAAGUACCCGCUCGUCAUUGUCACGGAGGAGCUCGAGUACUUCCUGCAAAAGCUGAGCGAGGCCGCGACGAGCGGCUGGCGCCAGCAGAAUCUUUCGGCUUCGGCGCUCCAGGCGGACGGCGGCCGCUGCCUGACCGCGUGGGAGAUGAUCCGACUGGUGGGAAGCGGCGCCUUCAGCGAGGGUUUGGACCGGCAGAGUCUUUCUAUGGGCAUCAACGAGGUCUUCCAGGAGCUCGUCCUGGACGUGCUGAAGCAGGGCUACAUGAUGAAAAAGGGCCACAGGAGGAAGAACUGGACCGAGCGCUGGUUUGUUCUGCGACCCGCCUCCAUGUCCUACUACGUUUGCGAGGACCUUGUCGAUGUCAAAGGACACAUCGCUCUCGACCAAAACUGCAGUGUGGAGUCUCUCCCGGACCGAGAAACAAAGAAAUGUCUGUUCAUGAUCAAGUGUCCCGAUAAAAGCUUUGAGAUCAGCGCGUCCGAUAAGAAGAAGAAGCUGGAAUGGAUUCAAGCCAUUCGAAGCUGCAUCCAGUUGCUGCGGUUGGGCCUGCCGUCCCCUCAUCGCGAGGCCCGGAUGAGGCGGCGCCAGCUCCGGCAGAGGCGGCGGGAGCGGGACGACGACCUGGCCGAGACCAUGGAGCGGCUGCGGGCGGCCGACGACAGCAACCGGAUGGAGCUGGACGCCGUGAGGAAGAAAAUGGAGGCGGUCGCGGCCGAAGCGGCGACGGAAGAAGAAAAGACCAAGAAGGCCGAGUUGGACCUGCAGGAUCGCUUCAGACUGGACCUGGAAAAAGAGAAACUGCUGCGUCGGCACUCGGAGGCGUCCGGCGAAGUGCGGGAGUACCUGCAGCGGGUCCGCCAGAUGGAGGACGUGUACCGCCAACUGGAGGAAGUCUUGGAGGACGAGAGGCGGGCCAAGCGCAAUGAGGGGGGCGUUGGGAAGCUGCAGCCCAGUCUGCUGGAGGAGGAAGCGGCCGGGAGGGCGGAGCCGGAGCGCCUCUGCCUGCAGCAGAAGGGGGCGCUGCGCCCGACGUGGAGCGCGGAGACCGAGCGGCGUGAAGCUCCGGAGGACUACGAGGAAGUAUCGAGCGUGGAGCGAGCCGCUAACGAGGUGACGGAGCGGCGAGAGCAACUUUUCAAACCCGGAGGAGGAGGAGGAGGACUGGUGCGACUCAUCCAGCCAGGCCACAAAGGUCCCCAGAUGGUGAGCAACUGGGGGGCGGCGGCCGUCACCGACGGCGAGCUGGAGCUGCGGAAGAAGUUGUGGCAGGAGAGCAAAGGUCAGCGAGCCCAAAGUCCGUGAAGCCGGCCGCAAAAUAUAACGUACGCCGUGUUUUGUGGGGCUUUACUACACACAGUUGUGCCUUGACUUUGAGUGAGAAUGAAGAGGGCAGACGCUGGUUUCCCACGUCAAAUAACUCUUCCUCAUUGAAAUGAAUUGAAAUGCCAGUAAUCCGUUCUAACCAGCAAAAAAAUACAUAUAUAUAUUUUCAUAUUGUAUUUGCACUUGUUUGACAAAUAAUGUCCAUCGAUCUUUCUUCGACUUCACUGGAGCGGCGCGGUGACAGAAGCUCGCUCGUGACUCAAAAAUGAGCUCGCAACACAAAGCAAAGGUUCAUAAUUGAAGGUAGAAGCUGCAGCUGUUCGUAAAAGACUUUAUCAAGUACCAAGCUGUGUGAGUUACUCAUGUAACAAAUAAAAUGUUGAAUUCAAAGCUAAACGUGUGUCCGAGCAGUACAUUUCUUUCAAAAUCAUCCGUCACGUGUCCAAAUAGCCUUGAUUGUCCGCCCAGGCAGCUCAAAUGGUUUGACGUACAUUUCUGUCCGCUAGGUGGCAGCAUAAGACCAUUUUGCUCACCAAAACUGGCGGUGUAUACAAUCUUUUUUUUUUUUUU